GGCGUGGCCAGGCAUGCUGGGCGCGCGCCGCGCUCUGGGCCGGGCCCGGGGGGUCCCGGGGGGGUCCCGGGCCCCGGGGGGGGGUCCCGGCCGCCCCCUCCGCACCGCCCCCCCGCUCCGCACCGACAUCUUCCGCCAGCUGGGGCCGGCUCUGAGAAGCCUGGGUGAGACCCUGAAGAACCAGGUGCCAUCUUCGGGGGGUGGCGGCAGCUGGGGGGGCUGGACCCCUCCGGGAAUGCCCAGUGGCCCAAGACCCCCUGAAGAAGCCGACGUGGUGGUUGUGGGGGGCGGCGUGGUGGGCUGGUCGGUGGCCUACUGGCUGAAGGUGCUGGAGGGGCGGCGGCACGGCAUGAGGGUGCUGGUGGUGGAGCGGGACCCCACGUAUUCCCAAGCCUCCACCGUGCUGUCAGUUGGGGGGAUCCGGCAGCAGUUUUCCCUGCCGGAAAAUAUCCGGAUGUCCCGGUUCUCUGCCAGCUUCCUCCGCAACAUCAACGAGCACCUGGGGGUCCCAAACGAGCCCCCCAUUGACAUCCAAUUCCAGCCCUCGGGAUACCUCUUCCUCGCCUCUCCGAAGGAUGCUGCUGCACUAGAAGCCACUGUCCAGCUCCAGAGGGAGGAAGGGGCACAGGUGGCCCUGAUGUCCCCCACCCAGCUGAAGGAAAAAUUCCCAUGGAUGAACACGCAGGACGUGGCCGUGGGGUCCUAUGGUUUGGAGAAUGAAGGCUGGUUUGACCCCUGGACCCUCCUCAACGCCUUCCGCCGCAAAGCCGUGUCCCUGGGGGUCUACAGCUGCUCCGGGGAGGUGCGAGGUUUUGUCACCUCAGCUGAGGACCUGAUGCCACCACUGGGAUCAGAACCAGAGACUGCCCGCAUCAAAUAUGUCCACAUCCACAUGCCAGACAGCCUGGAGUACCAGCCCGUGGCCUGUGCCAUCGUGGUCAACGCCGCCGGUGCCUGGGCUGGGGAGCUGCUGCAGGCCAGGGGGCUGCCCGGGGGGCUGCGCCAGCCCCCCCUGCCCAUCCAGCCCCGGAAGAGAUACGUCUUCUCCUGGCACUGCCCUGACGGCCCCGGCCUCUCCUGCCCCUUCCUCAUCGACACCACCGGCGCUUAUUUCCGCCGCGACGGCAUCGCCGGCAACUACCUGGGUGGCAUGAGCCCCUCUGAGGAGGAAGAACCAGAUCCCAGCGAUCUCUCCGUGGAUGAUGGUUUUUUCCAGGAGCGGGUCUGGCCGCUCCUGGCUCGGAGGGUCCCGUCUUUCGAGUCCCUCCGUCCCCGGGGAUCCUGGGCAGGUUAUUAUGACUACAACACCUUCGAUCGUAACGGGGUGCUGGGGCCUCACCCCAAACUGGAAAAUCUCUUCUUAGCUGCUGGUUUUAGCGGUCACGGGUUGCAACACGCCCCUGCUGCCGGGCGGGCCGUGGCUGAGCUGGUGGUGAAAGGGAGAUAUGAGAGCCUGGAUCUGCAGAGGUUGGGCUGGAGGAGACUGGUGGAAGGGGAACCUCUGGAGGAGGAUGGGGUGGUGUGAGGGCAGAAAGGGGAGACUGAAGCACAGCCCCCAGGAAACUGAGGCAGGGCCCUUGGGAGCCAGGCUGGAGGUUGGUGUUUGCUGCAGAAAUAAAAAGGAUGGAUGAGGAGUGUGGUGGGAGCUGAAUGGGGGGUUGAGGGGAUUCCCCCUGCAGCCCUAGUGCUCCCACUAUCCUCCCUGUCUCACUUUC